UACAUUACUUUAGAAAAGGAAGUGACGUUUCUUCCGAUGAAAAUCUCUUCUCCAUCCAAGAUGCCCGCGGCCGUGGUGAUGGGCGAAAACUACGAUAAAUUACUGGAGCAAUGCGAAGCUCAGGAGCUAGAGGCUCCAGGCGGAAUUGCCACCCCUCAGGUGUACGCACAGCUGCUGGCCUUGUAUCUCCUGCACAAUGACAUGAAUAAUGCCCGGUAUCUUUGGAAGCGGAUUCCACAAGCUAUAAAAACUGCCAACCCUGAGCUGACAGCAAUCUGGGCAGUCGGCCAGCGCAUCUGGCAGCGAGACUUUCCAGGAAUCUACUCCAGCAUCGCCGCCUUCCAGUGGUCAGAGAGCAUCCUGCCCGUCAUGGAGGCCCUAAGAGAGACCACUCGCAGGAGGGCAUUUGGGCUGGUGGCGCAGGCCUACACCUCCAUCACUGCGGAUGACUUUGCCGCCUUUGUGGGAUACUCAGUGGAGGAGGCAGUGAAAGGAGUUGUCAGUCAGGGCUGGCAGGCAGACCCGAACACCAGGAUGGUUAUGCCACAGAAGCCAGAUCCUCCCCCAGUCUCUCUGGUUCCCAACGAGCAGCAGCUGGCCAGACUCACUGACUACGUGGCUUUCCUUGAGAACUGAUAAACCCGGCUCAGCCUGCUCGUCAAAACCUGUGGCUCCCCCCGAGCAUGGUGCACCUAUAAUUCCCCCCCUCUCACUCCCCCACCCCGCCCCUCCUCUUUUCCCUGUUCCUCGCCCCUCCCUCCCUCCAGCCCCCAGACCCCGAGACGCUCAGCUAGUUUCCCUGUGCAUGGUUCUGAGCCCAACGCCAUGCCGCUCACACCAUUUACAGUGCGUUAGACAGACCUGUAAGGCGCCCGCCACCCGGGCACGUGCCCAGCCUAAGCCAUGCGCCGGGCUUCUCCCAUGAUGAGCUGUGAUUGGACGAGCCACCUCCUGAAGCUGAAACGCCAGAGGUGCCGUUUCACCCCCCCUCCCCCCCCAAAAACCCCCCCCCCCCCCCGUCAAAUUGACGGUGACAUAAGACUCCAGCCGCAUUUGGAGCGGCAUUGCAAAUAUAGAUUUCACAUGGCCUGUAAAGUAUUGCUGUUGGAGGCUUAGCUGUCUACUGUAAGUUUCUAAAAGGAAAACUACAAAGAAGUAUUUUUUGUGUUCAUAGUCUUUUUCCUUUUAUUUUUUUAUGCUUUGCAUGCAUCACGUAACACGUGGGUGACGGAAAUGGGGAAUUUCAGAAAAAGCAUCUGGCCAUUUGGGUUCUGCAUCAGUGUUUUGCAGCCACCCUGUGGUCUCAUCUGUGGAAGUGCAGUUUGUGUCUGUCUUGCAAAUAAAAGUGAAAACGCAGCGUUCGUUUUGUUCGUUCA